AUGCUCGAUCUGGAGAAUGUUGCCAGUUGGUCACCUUAUGUGGCUCCUUCCAUAGUAGUAGAUAUCGUUCUGAUUGAAUGUGAUAGUCCCCAACCAUACCGGCACCACCGAGUCCGGCCGAGAAUAAGGAGUAUACACCAGGUGCAAGCGGCAAGGUUAGACUGUCGGUUGGAC